GCGACUAUCAGUUCUAUUGUCACGAAAGCUUUACUCCUAAUAAUGAGCGGAAACGUGGGUGAGCUAGAGGUAGACCCUACCUGGCGCCGUUCUCAAGCCACUGCAACACAUAUAACGCACACAUGCGCCUACUGCCCGGAAACCGCAUAUUUAUCGCUAGCGGUUCCGCAUUCUGCAGCGAUAGAGGCGAGGGAAACAGGAAAUAACACGAUUCCGGUUAUUCAUCGCAUCAUAUUCACCACAGAGUCGCACGAUCAAGGCUUCAGUGACCGGACCGACCUUCUCGGCACAUAUGAGCGAUCGUAUUCGUUCUUCGAGGCACACGCUGUUGAUCCUCAUUCUGGAUCGGAUCGGGUACCAAGACGUCGUAUUCAGUAUAACCUACAUGGAAGCGAUGAGUACCGGACUCAUGUCAAUGUCUGGGACAGACGGGAUGAAACCCUGGCCAGCGCUUCACCGGGUGCCGCAGUGUGGUCCUCUAAAGAAGAGAGCAAGGGACUCGGGCUAGUCUCGUGGUUGGAUGGAAUACGUGGUGGUGACAUCAUCCGGCUCGUGCCAAAAGCCUUCUUCCCAGGGUGGAAGAAUACUGUAAAGUCUGCUCGAAUUGAUAUGUGGGUGGAGUUCGUUCCGCUGCCCUCCCCGCGGUAUUCAUUACCUACACAUGUAGAACAUGUGCUUUACCGACAACUACAGACGUGGAAAAAGGAGAUUCGGUUGGCUGUUUUGGAGCCAUUCGUCAGCAACCAAAAUAAUGAUUCUCCAGUUCGCAUCUCCCUUCAAUACGCUUCUCUGCUGGAUCCGAAUCAUUUGUCGUAUGAAGCUCUAUCGUAUUGCUGGGGCGAUGCAGAUAACGAUGCAAACGUCAUUCAAUUGGUAAAUCCCGAUUUCUCCGAUAAGAGCGUUGAGAUACCAGUGAGGGCAAACCUAUACUCAGCACUUAAGCAACUUAGGUCUACGGCUCAACGGGUGCUAUGGAUCGAUUUGAUCUGCAUCAACCAGGCUGACCUGGAGGAGCGUGCUAUGCAAGUUGGGUUGAUGGGAGAGAUAUUUGCGUUUGCAAAAUCCGUCAAAGUUUGGAUUGGAGAAGCUGAUGACCAAGUGCGUGAGGACUUUGCUAUUAUCCGUUCAAUUGGCGACGCGUACAGCAGUGCUACCAUGAGAGAAACCACUUGUAAGCAUAAAAGCGAAUCUGCAGGUGAAGGGGAUAGACUCUGUCUGCCUGGUGUUCGGGAGACCCAUGAACGCAUCGCGCACGAAACCUACUAUACCGUCGAUGUUGACUGUAUAUUCCAGCGGCCGUGGUUCCAGCGGGCAUGGGUGGUUCAAGAGGUAUGGAGUACAAAAUCUCCGUUUGGUGAGACUGGAGAGACACAAGACGAGCAACUCAUCCAAGGUAGAGUCAGCAUACAUUGCGGUGAUGAGGUCUUGCCGUGGGAGAUACUGGUCCAGGCCAACCGUUGCCUCUGUGACAAGGCCGGAUUCCUAAACAACUACACUAUGCCACGGCUUCUUACCAACUUAUUCAACGUCAAGAGAGGCAUAGACUCAUCACGCCUUACUUGUAUGCCAGCUCCGCGUAGUGAUAUAUUGAGCAUCAUCAUCAGCGGACUCGAUUUGCAGGCUACAGACCCGAGGGACAAAAUAUAUGCGCUCUUGACUUUUGGUGAAGAGACGCAUAACAUCUCCGAAUUGCCUCGGCUGCUGGGGCCUGAUUAUACAAAAGACGUCACUCUAGUGUAUGCAGACUUUACACGAUGGUGGAUUUUGCAUCAUGGCUCACUGCGUAUACUGUCUGCUGUGCACACUCUGGAGGGCAAACAGUGGCUGACGCCUCCUGAGAGUACAUCUAUCAGUAGUGAUGUAGAGGCGAUGGAUGUAACUUCUAAACAACAGAACAGGGCAUCCUGGUCUCUCUGGUCUGUUGGCCACGAUAAUUGGGCCAAAGGAACGCUCGCACUGUAUAAUGGCAAUACUGGUUAUACGGCAUGCGGUGAUAGGACGACAGCUGAUAUGAAACUCUUGGACGUGUCAACUACGAGGAUCACAGCGGUUGGGUCAGGAAACGAGAGACUGAAGCUCAAGCUUCGAGGCGUUCGACUUGGCUCGCUUGCAGACGAUCCUCAAUUUUAUCCGUACUAUCGACAGCCGCCAUUGCCUGCUGGUCUACAAGAUGCGUAUACGCAACUCUUUGAUCCUCCCGCCACCAUGGGAACAUGGCUGAAUUCUCGCAAUGGAGGUGAUGGAGAUUUAGGAGACUACGAGCGAGACUACGACAAGCUUGUUAGGCAUUACAUUGCUCAUUGGGGCUACUUUCCACCUGAGCGAAGCUCUGUAACCGCCAGCGAAGAAGAAGAAGAUGAUGAUGCUGAAGCUGAAGGAAUUACAUACAGACAGCCUGAUUGGCUCCCCUGUCACGGUCGGUGCAUGUUUAACACCAAAGAUGGUAAAAUUGGCCUGUGUCCGUCAUUCGCCUCAAGUGGCGAUAUAGUGGCGGUCUUAUACGGAGGUAAAGUACCCUAUAUUCUCCGCGCAACAGAAACGGUUGGUGAAUAUACUUUUGUUGGCGAGUGUUAUGUGGAGGAUUUCAUGCAUGGUCAAGCUUUCAACAAGGAUCUUGCAGGAGAGGCUGUCGAGGAGGUCUUUACGCUCGUCUAACACCAUCGCGGCCGUUGUGGCUAGGUUCACAUAGACAUACACAGGUUAGCGUAGGUAGCUCAUAGUGCUUUUUGUCUAAAGUAGGGGCGGCUCGAGCUCUUUUUCGACACAAACCGCUACCACUUGCAUUCAGCUGAAGAACGUUUCCAC